AUGACGGAACAUAUGGCAGAUACUCUUAGGGGUAUCGCCGUUCCACCGGGUCAUAACAGCAAUGUUAUGUCCAUUUGGUUCGUGCCGGCUCAGCGAGUCCCCAUCCCAGCCGAGCUAUCGCGUCCAGUGCAUCUGUCGGAGUACCUGUUGAACACAACAGUAACUCUUUGGGAGGAGCGAGUACAGAGGUCCUGGCUUGCUAUCGACUAUAAUAACAUUAAGGAGAAACUAAAGAUAUACGAGCCUCCACCUCAUGAUUCUACUGAACAAGUGUUGUCUCACUGCCCUCUAACCUCGCUGCCGAAGUAUCUAGAACCUUGUGUCUAUCGUGGAGUUACGGAAGGUUCCCUCCACAUGUACGAAGCAAAGAAGAAAUGGCGGGAAGUUCAGUGCAAGCUGAGCCAGGAUAACUUCACUUACUCUAAACUAAAAGUUAAGACUAAUCUGAAUCUGCUGAACUACACGUGGUACCUCGGCUGUGAGACUAACUUGUCACCUCCAACUCACCACUGCUUCACUCUACGAUGCGUCAGUCCAACCAGAGAUCACAAAGAUGAUAUCUUCAAAGUUUUCUGUGCGGCAGAUGAGGCGGAAAUGUGGCGGUGGUUAUACCGAAUCAACUACGUCAAGUUCAAAGAACCAGACUACAGACUAGUUCGAAGCAAACGAGCCACGCUCCAAAAUCCAAAUAACCGAAACAGCUUCAUUCUGCUCGACAGCAGGCUGCCCACGUAGCUCCUCCAGCCUCACAAGUAGAUAUAGUACACAGAUCAUAACUAGUUCGUAAC